AUGGCGACUUCUAGCAGCCUCAAGCCCACAACUGAGGUGCCCGACAAGCCCGAAAUCCACCAAGUCGGCCAUGUCGAGUCGAUCAAGGAUCCCGGGCAAGUUGCUAUCGAUACGGUAGGAGAGGGUCAAGCAGCCACUGGCUACGAGACCGUCACACUUUGGAACACGGUGAAAACGUUCAAGAUCGCCACUGCCUGUUGCUUUGCGGCUGCCUUCAGUGCCGGAGCUGAUGGCUACCAAAUGGCCAUGAACGCGAGCAUCAUCGCCAACAAGGGCUUCGUGCAGCAGUUCGCUACCGAUAUCACCGCAGACGGAGUCAAGUUCCUUGCCGCCGGUACCAUCAGCAGUUGGAGCGCGACCCAGAAUUGCGGACAGAUCAUGGGUCAGAUCGGUAGCUCUUUUAUCAACGGUCGGUUCGGGCGCAAGGUUGGAAUGGCCAUUCUCUGGCUGUUCAUCAUGGGCAGUGUUUUACUAGAAACCUUGGCCAGAGACUGGAAGAUGUGGCUCGGAGCCAAGCUACUGGCCGGCAUGGGUGUUGGUGCGAUGCAGGCUACUAUCCUCGGCUAUAUCAGCGAAAUUGCCCCCGUGCGUGUUCGCGGAAGCAUGUUGAUGCUAUAUUCGUUCUGGUGGACUCUCGGCUCUUUCUGCACCCACGUCGCUCUGCAGAGGCUCAAUCGUCUAGAUCCUUUCGACUGGCUCACUCCCGUCUAUACACAGUGGGCUCACGUCGGAGUAAUGGCCAUCAUCUACAUCUGUCUGCCAGAGUCUCCUGUUUGGUGCGCCAGCGUUGGUAAAGAGGAAAAGGCCAAGAAGUGGCUUAGGCUAAUUCACCGCGACGUCGAUGGUUACGAUGCCGACUACCAGUAUCAAGUUUUGAUCCUCAAUAUUGAGCAUGAGCGUUCUAUUGCCAUCAGCCAGCGCAACGAGCAUUGGACUGCCAUCUUUAAAGGCGUGGAUGGGCGCCGCACUAUCACAGCGUUAUGGACUAUUGUCGCGCAGCAAUUCCUUGGUCUGGCGUUAUUCGGUACCUUUGGCACAUACUUCUUCCAGCAAGCUGGUCUAGCGGACCCCUUCCAGAUCAAGGCCAUCACGACAUCUUUGCAGAUUGUUACUGUUUUAUCCGCUGUGGUGCUAGUGGACAAACUCGGUCGAAGGCUGAUGGCGUGUUACUCGACGACUUUGAUGUGGGUUGCUACUCUAGUGGUCGGUAUUCUCGGCGUGGCACCCCAAAGUAAUGCGACAACCUAUAUCUUUGUGCUCUUUGCCUGUCUCUGGAAUGUCGGAAUUUCUGCCAAUGGCGCUGCUGGCUGGGGUUACAUUGGAGAGAUUUCGUCACAGCGUCUGCGUCCAUACACGUCUGGGUUUGCCGCCUCCGCCAAUUCUGUAAGCGGUCUUAUCAUGUCUGUUCUAACCCCCUAUAUGGUCAACAACCAGAAAUGGAACUGGGGCUACAAGACGGGCUUUUUUUAUACUGGCGUCGGUCUGAUCUGGGUUGUUGGAAUCUGGUAUAUUAUUCCGGAAACUGCUGGACGCUCCGCCGCUGAAUUGGACGAGCUGUUUGAGCGCAAGAUUAAGGCCUGGCGCUUCAAGAACACCGAGACUGUCACCCAGCGUAUCGUCAGAGCCGAGAAAGAGAAAUCAAGCCCCCAGGAGGCGUAG